AUCGCUAGCACGGUCGAAUAUAUUGACUAUUUCAAAUGCUGAAGUAUUGGUCCUAUUCUAUCGUACGUAUAUCAAAAGAGAUAUUUGCGCUGAUGUCUCGAUUGCAGAGCGAAAACAGUGAGACAUGGAUAUUCAUAGUCAUAAGUGUUCACAUGAAACUAUUUACCGGCGCUUCAUUAAGCUACGCGCGUUUCUUUACUAUGGAAACCCACCGCGAAAACGGGAACGUAUUCCUAUGCAAGCUGUGUUCUAGAUUUUGAUACGUACCUAUGAGCAAAAAGUGUUGCUAGCCUUCUGACAGGAAAUCAACCAAUUAGAUCCGCGUAUAAAGUACCAUUGUAAAGCAAAUUAU